AUGACGCUUAGGGAGAUGGCUACACCUGAUUUUACAUAUGAGAGUUUGUGCAUUCAAUAUCCUGAGGAGGAUGUUCCUUUUGUUCUUAAAACUCGACCAAUCCAUUUGUUGCCUAAGUUUCAUGGUCAUGCAGGUGAAGAUCCACACAAGUAUCUCAAGGAGUUUCACAUAGUCUGUUCCACCAUGAGACCACAAAAUGUUCCAAAAGAUCACAUUUACCUGAAGGAAUUUCCUUUCUCUUUGGAGGAUCUUGCUAAAGACUGGACCACUGCAUUCAGGAAAGACAUAUCUGAAAUCAAGCAACUCAUGGAAGAGAGCUUAUAUGAGUAUUGGGAGAGAUUUAAGAGAUUGUGUGCUAUUUUUCCCCACCAUCAGAUUUCUAAGCAACUAUUGUUGCAAUAUUUCUAUGAGGGACUGAACAUAAUGGAUAAGAGCAUGAUUGAUGCAGUCAAUGAAGGAGCUUUAGGAGACAUGACACCUGCUUCUACUAGAGGUUUGAUUGAGAAAAUGGCAUCCAAUUCACAACAAUUCAACAUGAGAAGCGAUGCUAUAGUUUUGAGAGGUGUACAUAAUGUGGGAGCCUCAAAUGCAUUAGAACACAAGAAGCUGGAGAGUAAAAUUGAUGCUCUCACCACAUUAGUCUCCCAUCUUGCUUCCAAUCAAAAAUCUGCUGCUCCUACAAAAUUGUGUGGCAUUUGCACUUCAACUAAUCAUCCUACAGAUAGGUGUCCAUCACUACAAGAGUCUACAGGUCCUGAUACCCCCAGGCUUAUGCUGCAAACAUUUACAACAACAGGCCUCCACACCAACAACAACAAUAAUAGAAUUAUGAUCUGUCCUCUGACAUAUAUAACCCUAGUUGGAGGAAUCAUCCCAACUUGA